AUGUUUAAAGCGACUAAACGCAACAAGUACAUCGUUUACGACGAUCUCAGUGUACCCACGGACUCUCAAUGUAUUGUACGAAUCCUCAAACCACGCGGCAGUCGUCUCUACGAAGUUGUCAGUCCAAUUGGAGAACAGUAUCUUGUCUCAAUGCCUAACAGAUAUCGAAAAAUGAUUUGGGUCAAGAGGGGUGACUACGUCUUAACUGAUCCCAUCGAGGAAGGCGAUAAAGUCAAGGGCGAAAUUAUUAAGAGGCUUACGGAAGAUAAUAUAAAAGCCUAUCGUACACAAAAUUGUUGGCCCGCGGAAUUUGAUAAGGAUUCAAAAAAGAACGACCACUUGACAGAGGAUGAUACAGGGGACGAUAACGACAGGGAUCUUUUUGUGAAUACUAACAGGGAAAGGCAGAGGGGCGAUCAAGAGACAGACAGUGAAAGCGAUUCAAGUUCUAAUGACACUGAUUAACAUCGUAGAUUUCGUCUUAGCGAAAAAAUAACUUCCUCUUAAACAUGAACGUUGAUAUAAAAGAUCAUAUAGAUAUAUAGAUUUGUAUACAUUGCAAUAUAUACAAACAGUUAAUAUAUUUUCGAAUAUCAUGAUUGAAUAUGUAUUAUUAAAGUCUUCUUUAUAUAUUUUUCUAUUGAUAUGAUAUACGUGUAAUAAAGUGCCAUUUUCGCAUAUAA